AUGUUCCAGCCGACACCCAAGCGGUGUUUCACGAUAGAGUCGCUGGUGGCGAAGGACAGUCCGGUGCCCGCGUCCCGCUCCGAGGAGCCGCUGCGGCCCGCGGCGCUCAGCUACACGAACACGGGACAAAUGAACCCUUUUCUCAACGGUUUCCACUCCUCGGGGCGAGGCGUCUACUCCAACCCGGACCUGGUGUUCGCGGAGGCGGUGUCUCAUCAGCAGCCCGUGCACCCGGUGGGUCCCCCACACGGACUGGCGCACCCGCUCUCUUCUCCCCACAGUCCGCACGCACUGUUCGGUCAGCAGCGGGACCCCUCCUCCUUCUACCCCUGGCUCCUGCACCGCUACAGAUACUUAGGACACCGCUUCCAAGGUAACGAAACGAGUCCAGAGAGUUUCCUUUUGCACAACGCGCUGGCCAGAAAACCCAAGCGGAUCCGGACAGCCUUCUCCCCUUCGCAGCUGCUGAGGCUGGAACACGCCUUCGAGAAAAACCAUUAUGUGGUUGGAGCGGAGAGGAAACAGCUCGCACACAGCCUUAGCCUCACAGAAACUCAGGUAAAGGUCUGGUUUCAGAACCGAAGGACGAAGUUCAAGCGGCAGAAGCUGGAGGAGGAGGGCUCGGAGUCGCAGCAGAAGAAGAAAGGCACGCAUCACAUAAACCGGUGGAGACUCGCCACGAAGCAGUCGAGCCCCGAGGAAAUAGACGUCACAUCGGACGAUUGA